AUGGACACCGACAGCGCUUUGAAGUCGGAAAAGACGGCAACUCGAGCAGAGUCGGUCGAGCUCGCAGAGUCGCAAACAUGGGACAUGCACUCCACCAAAACGCUCUUGAGGAAGCUUGAUUGGCACAUCAUCCCGUUCAUGUCGCUGAUCUACCUAUUAUGCUUUUUAGAUCGGACGAACAUCGGGAACGCCCGACUCGACCACCUCGAGCAGGACCUGAAUUUGCAUGGAAUUCAAUACAAUGAUUGCCUGGCGGUUCUGUUCCCAUUCUAUAUCGCGGCCGAAAUUCCGAGCAACAUGAUGAUGAAACGCCUCAGGCCUUCCAUCUGGCUCACCUUCAUCAUGGUUUGCUGGUCGGCGGCAAUGAUUGGACAAGGGUUCGUCAAGGACUAUUCAGGGCUCAUGGCCACUCGAGUAGUUCUAGGGAUAUUCGAGGGAGGCCUGUUUCCCGGAGUCAACUACUACAUCACGCAGUGGUACUGCCGACACGAGUGCGGCUUCAGAAUGGCACUAUUCUUCUCGGCCGCAACAUUGGCUGGUGCCUUUGGUGGUAUUCUUGCGCGAGGCAUUGCAGAGAUGCAUGGUGUUGGGGGCCUUUCCGCAUGGGCAUGGAUCUUCAUCUUGGAAGGAAUUCUGAGCAUUUUGGUCUCGUUCACUGCCUAUUGGGCUAUUUACGACUACCCGGCCACCGCUCGAUUUCUUAGUGAAAAGGAACGCACAGAGGUCCAAAGACGGCUUCAAGAAGACUCGGGACAUUUGUCCAACGAAUUCGACAUCAAGUACGUGUGGCAGGCUAUCAAAGACUGGAAGAUCUAUAUCCACAUGCUUAUUUGCAUGGCCGGCUUCUGCCCCAUCUACUCGAUUGCGCUCUUCCUGCCGACUAUCAUCAAGAACAUGGGUUACACAUCAAACAAUGCGCAGUUGAUGAGCGUUCCUCCAUACGUUUGCGCCUGCUUCUUUACCAUCAUUGCGAGUUGGUAUGCCGAUAGAAUCAGGCAGCGCGGGGUGUUCCUCCUGGGCUUUCAGCUGGUUGGUAUCUUAGGAUUCUCCCUUUUGGUGGCUACCAGGAACUCCACUGCACAGUACGCUGGGACCGUCUUCGCAGCCAUUGGAAUUUAUCCCCAAAUUCCCCUUGGUAUGGCAUGGAACAGCAGCAACAUUGGCGGCAGUCUUAAAAGAGGAACGGGCAUUGCAAUGCAGGUGAUGGGUGGUAACUGUGGCGGCAUCAUCGCCUCCUAUGUCUACCUCUCUCGAGACGGGCCGCGAUACACUACUGGACACAGCAUUCUCAUCGGUUUUGUCAGUAUGGCAUUCUUCUUGACUUUAUUCAUGACGACUUGGUGCCGUCGCGAGAACGCUCGCCGAGACCUUGUUGCCAGGGAAGCUGGCGUACAGGAGCUGACGGAAGAGCAAAAGACGAUGGAGGCAGAACUGGCCGACAACGUGCCUUGGUUUCGGUACACGAUUUGA